UGCCCUCCCUUCCGCAUCCCUUCCGCAUCCGCCAUCAGUAUUUCUGUUGUUUGCUGCGCGCUUUGCCUCGCCGAAGUCGCUGCUGUCGUGACACGUCCAAGAGGCGCUGCUAUGGCCGCCCCUGUGGACUUCAAAACAUACGUGGAUCAAGCUUGUAAAGCGGCUGAAGAAUUUGCAAACAUUUACUAUGAAACCAUGGAUAAAAGGCGGAGGGUGUUGAGCCGGCUCUACCUGGACAAAGCAACGUUGGUGUGGAAUGGGAAUGCCGUCUCUGGGCAAGCAGCACUUGCUGACUUUUUUGAAAUGUUGCCUUCCAGCGAGUUUCAAGUGUCCUUGUUUGACUGCCAGCCGGUUCAUGAGCAAGCGACUCUGAACCAGACAACCGUUCUUGUUGUGACAUGCGGGACAGUAAAAUUUGAUGGGAGCAAACAGCGAUACUUCAACCAAAGCUUCUUGCUAACAGCACAAACCACAAACAAUAAUACCGUGUGGAGGAUUGCGAGCGACUGCUUCCGCUUUCAAGACUGGCCAAGUUAGUGUGCCACAAGAAGUGGGUGCUUUUGGCCUUUGGACAACAGACUCCAUUUUUGGAAUGGUCAAAGUCUGGAUACAGGAAAUUUCUCCCCCCACCUCCUUUGUUCCUUUGGAAGCUGUCAGGAAUUACUGGUUUCACGAUAAAAUAAAAUUAUUUUAAA